ACGACGAACAACAGGCAGGUUAUUAUGUUCAAAACGUUAUAGUGUGAAGUUAAACUUACAUUUUGGAAAUGUACUUCAGGGACUAAUGACAAAACAAAGUAAUUACGUUUACAGGUAGGUCUUUGUUUAAUUUCUUUUGAUUUACUUUUAUAAAAUCACUGGCUGAAAUUAUUUAACUAAUUAAGAAAACUUAUAACUCCGGUUCGGCAAAUCGAAAGGAGGAGGAUAGCAAAAAAGGAAAGCAAGCUGUCCGAAGAGUUUCCGUUUAAUUUAAUGACUAAUAUAUUUAGGCAGCAACAUUAAGUUUAGGAAAUAGCAACGUUUUUGAACGUGAUGAUUUCAACGAACAGGUUUUGCUGACAUGGACGCCUAGGUUUUUACUAACGAACACUCAACUGCCCAACCUAUUGAUAUGUUUACACCAAUUUCUUGGUCACCCAAAGUGUUUAUCUUUUAAAAAAGAAAAAGCCCAGGAGAGGAAACCUAAAAGUAUUCUGUUAAGUUUUUUUUACCACAAUCAGUAAAAUAUUGAUCCACUGAAAUGUAAUGUCAGUUGGUGGUACUUGCACCGUGAAAUUAAAUGUUGAAUUAAUAAGUUGUUUAUUCUUUCUGAUUGAGAAUUCACUAUUUGUAUCCUUUACUUGCUGCUUGUGCCGAAUUUGAUCAAAGAAACGUUCAACCCUUUUAAAUCCGUUGGAUCCUUCAGUUAAAAUAAUGAAGCAAAAAGGAAACUGGUCCCAUCACGUCACCGAUGAUUAAGGAACCACCGUUCAAGUUUUCCUGAUUUGAAACAAGCAUUCCGCCUGCAGUUUUCGUUACAGAGAAUUUGAUUAUUGAAGUGAGAGGAGAAGAUAUAGGAUCGAUGAUAAGGUAUAAAGCAAAAAAAUCCUGAAAGAACAAAACAAUUAUAAAUACACUUGCUUGCAGUGUCACUCACAGUGAGACUGAGUCAAAUCUUGAAUCAUAAGACCACGUAAUGAUAAUGACUACCUGUAUCUCCAUUAAAUAUAUAAUGAACUUAUCUCUGAAACAAAAUUCCUCGUUUUUUCAGGUAGCAAGUCCGUGGAAUUUUGUUUUGCAGUAUCAUAAGACAGCACAUUUAUUUCCGAAUAAAACAACUGAAGAAACAUGCUUAUUGAUGAAAAAGGAGGAUUAAACAAUACAGCUAACAGCACAGUCUUAAACAGAGACAGUUCUAAACCAUGUCUCCCCUCUUGGACUCUGGAUGCCGUCAACGACCCUUCUGUUUACAUCAGUGACACUUCAAUCAUCCUCGUUAACGUUCCAUCCGCAAUGUUCGCGGUGAUCGCUAACCUGGUUGUUAUAGUCACCAUAGUUCGCUCUCCUUCACUCCACCGUCCAGUUAACGUGUUGCUGUGUAGCCUGGCUGCCUCUGAUUUUCUAACCGGCCUAGUUGUUCAACCUGUCUACGUAGCAUGGCGCUUUCUGUUGCAUCACACUAAAGACCCUUGCAAAUUGGUUCAUCUUUACCAAGCCAGUAAAUCUCUUCCGUUUCUCCUUAUCGGUUGCACGUUCCUGCACUUGGCAAUAACAAGCGUCGAAAGGUUGUACGCUGUUUGGAAACCAAUUGCCUAUUCGGUAAAAGUAACACUGCGAGGUAUGUAUGUACAAUUGUGGUAGACCCCUGCCGACCGUUAGAACUCAGAUUACGUUUGCUUUGAGAGCUUCAAAGCAAAAGACCAUAAAUAAUCAGCCACCUAUGUUUCGUUUUGCUAUUAAGCCCGUUGUUUUUGUUGUAUUCCGAGUCAAGUUUCUAAUCUAUUUUUUUGGGCUGCGGAAUCGAAUUCGAAUUUGAUUACUGCUUAGACAACAAGGAUGGUCUCACAUUUCAUUCAUCUCUUCACAAAUGCCAAUUCCAAUGAUUCGCUUUUAGUUUUUCGAUCUGGUACAAAAAUACAAAGUCUUCCGGUUGUAGCUGCGUGUGAAAGCUUGCAAUUGGGUCUCUUAGUGGGCAAUAUUCAGCUCAACAGGUUGGUAGAAACAGAAUCUCUUUAUUAUCAAGCAAGUUAUUUCUUGUGAAAACUCGAAACAUGUUUAAUACAAUUAUCAUGCAACGGGGCCUUGAGGCCCCAUGACUCCGGCCUACGUUCUAGCCAAGUCAGGUUCCGCUUUCAAAUCACACAUUUUUAGUAGUAUCUGAAAGCUUUAAGUUUGCUUUAGAUUGCCGGGUCCAAUAAGAAAAAUAAUAAACAAAUAAAACAAAAAACAAAAAACAAAAAAGAAAGACUGAAGGAAUCUAUUUUUUCUGGUACAGAUGAGAUAAUAAUUAAUUUUAUCUACAAUUCUCGAUAGUUAAUAACUCUUAAAUUGUACAAAAAAUUAUAUUUCAGGAAUGACGAAGAUUGUGCUUUGCGCAUGGUUAAUCUGGUUCAUCUACGUAAUCCCUCUGGAAACCUCAGCCCAUGAGGAAGUUUAUCAACCACUGGAAAACAUCACAAUGAUUUUAUUGAUUGUUAUCCCCAUCGGCGGACACGUUUUGACAUUCUGCGCAAUUCGCUCUAACAACAAAAAGAUCAUUAAUGCUACCCACAACUCCCAACAAGCGAUCCUUUUUAGAAGAGAGAAAAAGGCUUUUACAGAUAUGACAUUGUACACAGUGGCGACGUUACUGUCCAUUCUUCCUAUUCUGCUGCUGCUUAAUGUGGAAAACAGCAUUGUUUCAGGGAAUAUUCUUUUUCCUUGGGCUUCAACGUUCACUCAUCUGAUAUCCAGUCUUAACCCUGUUAUUCAGAUUUACAGAAAUGCCGCUUUGAGGCAGGCACUAAAGAUGGCCCUGUAAAAGUUUUAUGCAUGGUCACGUUCAAUUUUACCUGUUAGCACCCAGGGGAAUUUUUGGAAUAAGUUCAGCUCUUCUGACCCAACGUUGGCGAAUUGUUUAAACGGUAUUGUUCAGGGAUUGGGGAAGAUCGAAAAGAACUUUCCUGGAUUUCGCGCAAUGGUUGACACACGUCCGCCUGCAGAUCAUUUGCG